CUUGAUUUUAAAGAGUACACUCGACCAAGAGCCGAGCUGAAAAAAUUUGUCCUCUAAUUACUAAAGAGAAUUGUUCACCGAAAAAGAAAAUUAAGUUUUUUAGAGACAUAAAAAGUUUAUCAUGAGGUAGCAGUCACGAGUAGCCUUACGGAGGCUUUCAACUGAUUACGGUAACCGCCAAGGUAGUCCUAAAAGUGUCUAAAAUAGGGAAACGGAAGGAAACGGCCGACGUAUAGUUCUAGCUAAGUAAGAAAGAUUGCUUUGUAACAAUGUACAAUACAACAAUUAUUGCUACAGCUUUUGUUAUUCUAAUUAUGGCACAAGCUUACAAAAAACUGUUUUUGUUCAGUUUUCUUAAUUACGACAAGGACGUACUUACUGAAUAGCUUAAAGACCUCCAUAGAAUUACGGCGUUUUCCAUGUAAUUAGAGGCUAUUAGAUGUCAAUUCAACAGGCGUGGUAUUCUGUUUCAAGUAUCAUCGAUUAUAUUUGUUUUUCCUUUUUUAUUUUGCAGUCACAGGAAGCUACGAGAAACUGUUUCUGAGUUGUAGUCGGGCAAUUUUUAUCAAAAGGCAUCUGCGUGUCGGUUUCAAUUUAAAAUGAAAAAAAAAAGUCAUGGCGUCUAAUUAGGGAAACCAUAAUGACGGUCACCUUUUUGUUCAACUAUAAUUGCAAACCUCUUGUUAAUACUUUUUGUCCUUCCACGAUAAUGGUUUUAAGCGAAUCAGAUAAAAACCGCUUAGCAAUUUCCAUUUAAUUGAGGUAUUCAUAAUAUCUUUUGUCCAUUGUUGAGUCGCCAUCCUAUUAUUCACGUCUUUUGUCAGCCCUGAGUCCUUCAUCCACGCUAAGUAAACAUUGUUUGACCUGUUUUGCAUUUGUCUUAUUCCGAAACAUGGGAAAGUUCUAGUUAAAUGAUAAAAAUAUCCAGGAUAAACUGAACAGCAUGGUGCACUUGGUCAAUUACUGCUACGAUCUCUGAAUAAGGUUUGUUUUUCACUUAUUUUUGGAUCAAAGGUAAAGCGAUUAAAAGAGAAAGUAAGCCAGUCAAGUUCAGGACAUCUGCACAUUAUGUAUACAUGUUACUUUAUGCUCAAUAUUCACUGGAUAGUUUGCUCAAGUUGAGUAAACAUUCAUUUACAGAAAGGAAGAGUUGACUCUUCAUUUGUAUCGCUUAGCAACGGAAAGGAAAGUUUACAUAGAUAAAGCCGAUAAUGUUAUCACAGUUUUAAGUGCUGACGAAAGAUCAAAGAGGGUUGUCUUCGCUCGUCCUUGUGUCUCCAAUCAACUUCUCGUAGUGAGCAUAAAUUGGAGAUUUAUAAAUCCGCCUUUAAGGCGAAAAGGGUAGAUUAACUUUUAUAAUAAUCGAAGGGAUGUUACAUACCCCCCAAGUACUGCUGUGAACUAGAUUUGUUGUCGAUUUUAUUGGUUUUAAAGUCAUGGAUUCACAAAUCCACCGCAUCAGCGCCGUAGAACAUCGGCCACCUUCGUUGUCUGUAUCUUCAGCGCAAGGAGAAACAGAGAGAAGGCGAAGAUCGUCAUCUAACGCGUCCCAAAAUUCUGGUGUCAAUACCUUUUCUCCUGACAGGAGCGACCGAAGAAAACCAUCCAGUACAGCGACGCCAUUCUUGUAUUCCUCCAGCGGUCGCAAAGUAUCUAGCAGUGUUUCUCCAAGGCUCGAGCCCAUAGACGCUGCAGCCUCGAAACACAAGCAAAGUGAAGUCUUACCGACCUAUCGAAUGGCACCGCAGGCCGACAGAAAAUUCCGACCUCAAGUUGUCAAGAAAAUUAUGGAUGAAGCUUUUGAAGAGAGCCUUGACGGACUGAACGGGUAUGAUUCAGUGAAAUGUCGGGCGCUCACUACGCAAGUCUGCGAAGAUAUCAAACAAAGAGUAAAAUGGCUUAAUUUUGAACGCUGUAAGCUAAUUUGUGUGGUUCAUAUUGGCUCGGUGAACGGUCAAGGUAUGAGAGUAGCAAGCCAGUGUCUGUGGGAUCACACGGUGGAUAAUUUCGCUUCGACAACAUAUUGUAAGGGCGACAUUUUUGCGGUUGCGUUGCUCUUUGGAGUUUACAAGGAGUAGUUCAGCGACCGCUGUUCUUUUCGUAUAGGUUAUUGUUCGUUUAUAAACUGUUGUUGCUAAGAUCAGGGGCAUUAACUGUGAAAGCGUUAAUAUACAGCUUAAUAUAUACAGUACAGUCAUAAAGAAAGGUUAGGAAGCGCUAGCUGAUAUCAUUCGGCAGCCUACUGAGUAACUAAAUAACACCUUCAGUGAUAAUUUCCGAUAUCUUUGAAAACCGCAUCAAAAUCCUUAGGCUAGAAUAAUUUCAAUUCUUAUUUAACCUUUAUCGUUACUGCAAUGAGCCCUUGUGCAAAUUGGAUUUGCAAUGAAAUGAUUUCUUUUCCAAUCUGAUUUUUCCGAAUUGCGUUUCAACAUUCCAUUGUUACACUCCUCACGUAUUGACGGAUUACAACCAAGCUACUUAGUGUAGAAUAACAUAUUCAGCCCGUGCUAUGGUUAGAACAAUGGGUGCAAAGCACAUUUCAAAUCACUGUACGAAGAUAAAUGAUAAAUAUACGAUAUAUAGAUAAAUAAACAUCUGCGCAUAUCAUAAAGAAUCAAAUUCUCCGAUACACCAAUUACAGGUUGAGAUUCAAACACAAGAAAAGGCACCACUGGAUGCAAAAAGGCGGAACCUUUUUUAGAUUAACCUCUGGUAGCGCCGAUAAUCCUGACUAUUUCCUUAAUCGCGUUCAAGUUCUAUGUAAAGAUUCAUUUUUCCUUUUACAAGUUACCUUCUUAAACAACGAUUUCUCUGCAGACGGGUCAGCGGUACCUGGAAAUAAAGGCAAGUUGCAUGA